CGAGUCUCGCGAUAGUUACAUCGGGGGUCAGAGUUGACAUUGGCCAUGUGUGUAUGUUGCCGCAUCUACUACAGGACUGUUAAGAUACAGCUAGAGUUAGCACUUAAUUUGUAAAUAUUUAUGAAUAUAGGCAUUAAAGUUCUGGUUAAAAGUCUGAUUUACGUUUUUAGGAGACCAUACAUUUCGUCAACGGAAGUUAGUUUUGUCCGAAAAUUUAGUUUUGCUCCACGUUAGCUUCCGUAGUUAAGCUGAUAUGGCAGUUUGUGUCCCUUAGCUGCAUUAUGGUUUAGCGCGACAUGUUUAAAAUCCAACCGCUGUUGAGUGCCUUAAUUAACCACAGACUGACGUUAGAGAGAAACGGUGGCCUUUGUAAGUUAUUUUGCAUAAUGAGUGAAGAAUCCAGAGAUGAGCAGACUGCCAAGCUGCUGAAAAGAGCCAAUGAAGAAAACGAAGACUCUGUUGAGAAGGUGCAGGCUACAAAAAAAUUAAAAGCAGAGGGGGAAAACACUGAAGAUGAGAAAAAAUAUCCCAAAAAGAAAGUGGUCCUCCUUGUGGCAUACUCUGGGAAGGGAUACUAUGGCAUGCAGAGAAAUCCUGGAACCUCUCAGUUUAGGACCAUUGAAGAUGAGCUGGUCACUUCACUUAUUAAAUCAGGUUGCAUUCCUGAAAACCAUGGCGAUGACAUGAAGAAGAUGUCUUUCCAAAGAUGUGCCAGAACAGAUAAGGGUGUGUCUGCAGCUGGCCAAGUGGUGUCUCUAAAGCUGCGGUUGAUUGAAGACAUCGUUGAAAAAAUCAAUGAGCAUCUACCAACACAAGUCAAAGUGCUCGGUCUCAAACGGGUGACCCAGGGUUUCAAUUCCAAAAACAACUGUGAUGCUCGUACAUACGCCUAUAUGCUUCCAACUGUGGCCUUUUCCCCAAAAGACUACGAUACUGGCAAGAUAGCCGCCUUCCGGCUUGAGCCAGAGGCACUUCAGAGGGUCAACCGUCUGUUUGCUCUCUACAAAGGCACCCAUAACUUCCACAACUUCACCUCUCAGAAGGCUUCAAGUGACCCCAGUGCUCGCCGCUACAUCACAGAGAUGUCUUGUGGAGAGCCUUUUAUCAACAGCAAUACUCAGUUUGCAGUGAUCACUGUACGAGGCCAGAGCUUUAUGCUGCACCAAAUCCGGAAAAUGAUCGGCCUGGUGAUUGCGGUGACAAAGGGCUACGUGAAUGAGGAAGUGGUGGAGCGGAGCUGGGGACCGGAUAAGGUGGAUAUACCCAAAGCUCCAGGACUGGGGUUGGUCCUGGAAAGGGUUCACUUUGACCGGUACAACAAACGAUUCGGAGGUGACGGGCUGCAUGAGCGGCUGGACUGGGACCACGAGGAGGAGGCGAUCAAGGCCUUCAAGGAGGCGCACAUCUACCCCACCAUUGUUGAGACGGAGUGUAAAGAGGGCUCCAUGAUCAGCUGGAUGUCCUCACUUCCUAUCCAUGACUUUAAAGCUUCAGCCACAGCUACUGGCACACAAGACAACAAGGACCAGAAACAGGACAUUGCAGAUGUAGGAAAUGCCUCGGAUUAGGUCACCCUGCCUGUGGGAAGAAGAGACGUUUUCUCACAAACAUGUUGGGAAUUUGCUUUUUUUUUUGUGGGAUUCAAUUCUGCCUCUCUUUUACAUAUGUUAUUAAACAAAUGACAACAUAAUG